GCGCUGGGCGCCUGCGCGCCUGCGGCCGGGCUGUUUGAGUGAGCGCAGAAGGCGGCAGGGAUGGAGACGGAGACGGAGGAAUUCGGGCGGGGCCGGACCCAAGAAGCUUGGCUACAGGAAACACAGCUGCAGAAUACCCCCCAACAGAACCUCCUCGGUGUUGAAGAUGGAAAGAACAGUGGUGGGACACAAGAAUGUGGCCCGAGUGAGGAGAAAGUGGAGCCUGAACACUUUUCAGAGCCAAACAAAGUUAUUAGUCCUGGGCCUGGAAACAAGGCUAACGUGAGAGCAAGUCCCAAUGACAAAGUCAGAGCGGCUACCAGGAAAAGGUCUUGUCCUAGUCCUAGCCCCAAGAAAGCUGCCUGGAGUCCCACUCCCAAGAGGAUAUCUCCCUGGAGAGGCAGUCCCAGGAAAGGCCUCACUUCAAGUUCAUUUAACUUGUCCCCAAGGGCACUUGCCAUUAGCCCACAAAUCACACGUCGCUCUUGGUCUCGCUCCAGUCUGAAGGGAACCAACCGCCGGAAGUCGCUGCCUCCUUUCCAUCAGGAUGUCACUGAGCUGAGCAAAUCAAUCAGCCUUGAUUUGCCUGAGACUGACAGGCUUUCCAGGCUCCUGCUGUCUAGUUUCCAGUUCUCUGCCCAGAAGCUUCAGCACUUCUUGAAGCAGACUGAUGGCUUCAGCCCUGAGGCUUUUAAAGCAAAUGUGAAUUCAGUUUCAGAAGAGCUAAUGCGUUGCACAGAGAGACUGAAACUAGAUGGAACGCUAAAGAAAUGUACAGAAGAGCUGAAAGGUAUUUUAUCAGACCCUGCACUAAAUGCAUCAUUGACCCAGAUGAAGGACUAUAUAAACAGGUUCACUACAGAGUCUCAAACUUGGGAUCAGCUUUUACUGAGUUUCCAGAAAAGUGCAGAAGAAAUGUCCAGACAACUGGAGCGGUGCAAGACGAAUGACAUGCAAGUGGAGCCUGCUAGUUAUCUCGGAGCAUCACAGGCCAAAGUUCUCAGUAGCAAGCCUAACUAUCAGAAAAUACUAGAUAGCCAGGGUGAGGUCUUUGACUGCAUGGAGCUUAUGCUGGAUGAACUGCAGCAGGCAGUGAAGUUGUUGCAGGCGUUCACAGAAGACAGUACACAGUACCUCCGGAAUCUGUCAGAGCAACUUGCAUCAAGGACUUUUCAGCACCUGGAAAACUCACCAAUUCGGAAACUACUCAAAGUUCCCCUAAAGAAGCCACCUGUCAGCCAAGGCCAGCAGCCCCCUGAGGGCUAAACACGGACUUGCAUGGGACAGUCAUUGCUCCUUUGCCCUUAUUACCUU